GCCAGUGUGACGCGAGCGCCGUGCGCAGAGGCAGUUUUAACGAUUUGGUGAACCAAAACGACACAGAACUGCUUUUCAUCGAGUGAAAGUGCUAGGAUCUGUGAAACGUGAUAAGUGUUUUAGUAAACAAUCUUACAACUAGUUAUUUGUGCGUUAAAGUGAAAUAUUUCUGAUCUUUGGAUGACACGGUGACGGAAGUGUAAUAAAUGUGCUAAGUGAGUGAUGCGGUGCAGUGUAGUGUCACCACAAAUGCGGCGGCGACGGUUCCCCCCCACCGCCGUGCAGUGACCACGCAGCCAUGCUGACAAAGACGUUGUGGAUAUUCCUGACAGGAUGCUUCGCGUUCGCAUCGCCUCAAAUACUGGACCUGCAGAACCUGCAGAACCUAUUGCAGGUUCCACGGCUCUGGUAUGCACGGACCACGGACCCCAAGGGUACCGAGGUGGCCAGGGCGUUCAUGGCCGCCACGGGGGACCAGGCCGUGAACUAUUACCUGGACACCCGCGGCCCUCCCGCGCCUUUCGCGAUCAACUCCCGCACUGGAGUCGUCACUGUCAAUGACACACUUAUCGAUAAGGAAAACCGAUCUUACUCAUUAUGGGUGUAUGCAGACGAUGGCGUGUUACCAAAAAAACUAGAAAUUUUGGCUUCAAUCACCGACGCUAGUGGAAAACAAAACAAAGUGGGGCAUCCCCCACCUUUCCCUCCUAAUUUCCCGGAAAUUUUCACUGUUCCGCCUCUGAAGCCGAUUCAAAGACCAACCAAAGUAACAGAAGAAGUUUUUGAAGAAACUACAGUACCUGAUAUAUCUACAACAACUGCAACAUCAGUUCAGACAACUGUUAAAAUAGAUGAACGUAACGAGACACACAAAAACAAUAAUAUAAUAAAAGACCCAACAGAAUCGCCUGAUGUAAAUAAUAAUGACGUGUCAUUUGCUACUAUGAUCCCGUUGAUUGCUAUCGGUGGACUUGUCCUUAUUGUAGUUGCAGUUAUUAUCUUCGUUUGGAAGAGGAAUCAUGCACAGAAGGAGCCGAGCAAGAAGGACGAUAUGAGCAAAGACUCGACUGGCAUCGUUCUGCAAGAGCCGACCCUGAACUGGGACCGACCGCGCGCCUACUCCAACCGGUACGAGGCGUGGGACAACGGCCACUUGCAGUUAUCAGAAGAGACCACGAUCACGAAGGAUGAACCGACAGAUGAUUGGGAGUUCCCGCGGCACCGACUCAGGAUCUUCAACAUUGUGGGCGAGGGUGCCUUCGGCCAGGUCUGGCGUGCUCAAGCCAUCGACAUCGAUGGUAAAAAAGGCGAGCAGACAGUGGCAGUGAAGACGCUGAAAGAGAAUGCGUCUGAGAAGGAGAAGACUGACCUCGUGCAGGAGCUAAUUGUGAUGAAGAACCUCGGAACACACCCCAACGUUGUCAGGCUUAUAGGUUGCUGCACUGAAAAGGAACCAACCCUAGUAAUAAUGGAGUUUGUUAGCCUCGGGAAACUCCAACAGUUUCUGCGCGACUCUCGAGCCGAACGACACUACGGCAACACUCACGCCGGAAGCCAAUUCUUGACCUCACGAGACCUCACCCACUUCGCCUACCAGGUGGCCCGCGGCAUGGAUUUCCUCAGUUCAAAAGGGAUAAUCCACCGGGACCUGGCAGCAAGGAACGUGCUCAUCACAGAGGAGCGCAUGUGCAAAGUGGCCGACUUCGGGUUCGCACGCGACGUGGCCGGCACGCACGUAUACGAGAGGAAGAGCGAUGGCCGCCUGCCUAUACGGUGGAUGGCUCCUGAAUCGCUAUACGAUGACAUAUUUAGUGUUAAAUCUGAUAUCUGGAGCUUCGGUGUUCUUCUGUGGGAGAUCGUCACACUUGGAUCUACGCCGUACCCUGGAUUGUCAGCGGGUGACGUCAUGAGGAAGGUCCGCGAAGGUCACCGCCUCGAAAAACCCGAGCAUUGUCGCCGGGAGCUCUACAACAUCAUGUACUACUGUUGGGAGGCCGAAGCCUCCUCCCGGCCCGACUUCAAGGAAGUCGUCUCCAUGCUCGAACGGCUACUGUGCACGGAAACAGACUACAUCGAACUCGAGAGGUUCCCCGACCAUUCAUACUAUAAUGUGCAGCAUCUGGACGGAGAGAAACUUUAGCAGUUUGAAUUUGGAACUGUGUGAAUGAGCGAAGCCAAUUAUGAUAAUGAUAUGGAAAUAAACUGGAGCGUUUUUGUGCCGCAUACUGUCGAGAUAAGCUUGGCUGUAAAAUAUUCAGCUCUAAAUGAACCUUUUAUUGUUGUUUAUAAAAGCAACAUAGUGUAGGUGACUAUAUAAAAUGUAAAUGGUGUUGUGAGUGUUGAUUUUGGCGUCAAUUGCUUUUUGGUUUUUAAAUGUUAGUUGCAAAGAUGACUGGAUCAUUUAAUAACGUAUGCAGAUUAACAUUUGCAUACAUUUUAAUGCGAAAUACUUCAUAACAGUUUUUACUACACAACUUAAACAAAAAGUGACCUGGCGUUAAUGGAUGAAGAUCUGAUCUGAGUUAAGUAUACGAGUAGCUUCAAUUUUGACUAGAACCGUAUACCUAUAGCCCCUCAAACAAGGUGGGAGUUGUCUAUAACUCUGGUUCAGUGUUAUUCAAUAGAUUUAACUACAGCCUUCCAUUCCAUAGUCCUACAAAAUGAGGUGCGUAGGCUAGAAUAAUUUAAAAUCAACAAAUUCAUUAACCGUGCACUCGGAACUGGAAGAAGAGUUUUGUUUUGAAAAGGCAUAAAGCCACAGAAUAAAUACUAGUACUAGGUACAGAAGAUUCACUCUCUAACAAAACGCGUCUGUUACGAUUAGGACAGAUAUGACCGCUAGGUGGCGCAAGCGCCACGCGCGGCCUAUGCCUAGCUAAAAUUUGUGUGGGACGGAUGUACCUACUUGUAGCUACUUGUUGCGACGCGACGAAAUCGCGGAGUGAGCCACGCCUGAUAAAGCUCAGUUGUGUCGCAAACAGACGAAAAAAAAAGAUUGUUGAAGGUUUUCCGCGACGCGCAAUAUACCUAUGUGAGGCAGCAAGAUCUCCUGCUCAACUUUAUUGCGUAAAACAAAUCUUCAGACCCUGCGCAGGCGGCGGAUUGAACGGCCAAUUUAUUUUCAGCAACUAAAAUAUCAAUUUCAGAUUGAAUUUCCUCAAAUUUUGCAUAAAGUGCGUCCAUUUUGCUUAAACGCACUUAGAGUUCUAUCACGUUAACGAAUCUAAUUUUACUACAUAGUUAAUGGAUUUGGUUAACCUCCCCUUAACCGCGCCACGCUUACGAAUAAACCCCUUUAUGUCCGCCGCCAUUGUGUUGAGCUAAGGGAAAAUGGGUUAAACUCCUUUACUUUUAUAUGUAUAAACUUAACUAAAUGAUGUUAAAAUUGUAUAUAAAUUGUAAUUAAAUUAAAAAAAGAGCCUGGAAUGAAAUGAAAACUUAAAUGCUUGCGAGUCUUUUUGACUCUAGCUUGCAUCCCUUUUGUGUUGUAUGUGAAAGAAAAAGAUGCAACACGAACAUUUGUCAAAUAGGUACAGCCAUGUGAAGUGUCAGCAUAAUGUGUUGUACCGAGGUGUAUAAUUGCUGUCAGCAAUUUUUUUUAAUAAUAAUGGCAUCUGAUUAUAAUAAUAUAAUACAAUGUUUUUAGCAAAAUAAAGAAAUAAAAUAAAUCGACAGCGAAAGAUGGUUGGAUAACAAUGUAAAUUAGAUAAAUGUUAGAUUAAAGAUAUAAAAACUAUGGCAAUAAAGUACAGAUUACUUACUUCUUAAGAUUAAAUUUAAUAUUUCGUUAUAUGUAAUUCCAUCCACGUAGUUGCUAGUCUUUAGAUAUAGGGAUGUAAUAAUAAGUAUAAAUUUAGUACACUUACAUUAUAAAUAUUUGUACAGUUAAAAAUAGUGUUGUGACGAUGGUUUUGUAAUUUAUGCACAUCAUGAAUAUACGUUUGUUAAAAAU